GCAUUUCUCAGGUCUAUUUGAGCUGAACACGGUGACAAUGUGCCGAUGACAGGAUCUGUAGCGCUGCCUGGGGAGAAAUUUAACUGAUUAAUAAGGCAGACGGACAGUGAUUCCGCUGAGUGUUUCCUAGUCACUGAUUCCGUCUUUCUGAAGAGCGAUUCUCGACUACACGACUUGCUGUAGACUAAAUCCCUCCUGAAGAUGGAGUUUGGGGAAAGGAAGAGGAGAAGGAAGUCACAGAGCUUUAAACUGGUCACGGAUGAAGAUUUUGCCCCUUCAUAUAUUAUGAAUUCCAACUGCAAAGACGCCAAAGGAGAGCCUAAGGAUGCUGCUGUGUCUGAUGGUUGGCUGGGGGAUGAGGGUGUGGAGAUCAAGAGGCAAAUAACAGGAAUGAUGAGGCUUCUGAGUGAUAAGUCUGGCAGGGCUUAUCAGCGUGUGGUAACAGAGCAGGACAGCCUAACAAAGGAGCCCCAGGAUCAGCACCUGACCUGGGUGCAUCAGCCUGCACCCUCAUCUCUUGUAUCGCACGACCACCAGAGCAACAGCUGGAACUCUGCAGAGGACCCAGGGCCUUCACCUUCAUCCAUAUCUACCUCCGCCGGAAACGGUCCAGGCUUUGGUCAGUACAGCACCCGCUCCAAAGCUCUGAGGGUCCUCAACAACACCAAGGAUCUGAUCAAAGUGAACGAAGCGAAUGAUGUGAUCCCUCCUGCUGCGCCUGAAACCCCCUGCUGUAUGUGUAACUGUAAGGGCACCUUGCAAGCUAUUUUGCAGGAACUGCGAGCCAUGAGGAGGCUGAUGCAGACUCAAAAAGCAUCCUUGGAGAGACAGGAACAGGCAGCAUCACCAUGCCAACCCCGUCUUGGUCCGGGCCCCGCUCCUCGCUGUAGGCCCCGUAAGAGGAGGCCAAUAUAUAAAGCACCCCUGACUGUGUCUAGUACAAGAAAAGCAGCUCUUGCCCCUCUGGAGGGAUCGGCGUGUACAGCUGCACCUGCAGAAUCUGUAAAGAGGGAGGAAUGUGAGACAGAGCAAGCUUCAACUACACCCAACAGUCAUCCCGUCUCCUCUGAGGUUUCUGUGCCGCCACCUCAGAAUAAUCCAGUAACUGUCAACAACAGACAAGAUCCUCUCCUGAACCAGCUACGGGAACCUCAGCAGUCUGAGGUGCGUCUUGCAGAGGAUCAUGACGUGUAUAUUUCAAAGGCUCAGCUGGACUCCAUUCUGGUUAACUAUACACGCUCUGGCAGCCUGCUGUUCCGCAAACUGGUGUGUGCCUUCUUUGACGAUACGACGCUGGCUAACUCCUUGCCAAAUGGCAAAAGGAAGAGAGGGCUCAAUGAUAACCGUAAGGGCUUGGACCAGAACAUUGUGGGUGCUAUUAAAGUGUUUACAGAGAAAUAUUGCACUGAACACAGAAUAGAGAAGUUGCCCGGGCCACGAGACUGGGUUCAGAUCCUUCAAGAUCAGAUCAAACUUGCCAGGAGGAGGCUGAAAAGAGAUGCUGCAGAAGCAGAAGAAGCCGUAAAUGGACCUUCCACAAGCUGUGACUAUAACAAGACUGCGAGUGUGGAGGGGGCGGUGGUGAACAUGACUGGUUGAUUCAAGGGUUGCCACAGUGGCCUUACAGCAGAUCUGUUGUUUGUUCUCAUUACUUCUCUAACUUGAUGCAUUUUGCCACUUUAGAUAUUUCCGUUGCAGCUGUAAUCUUCUCUGUGUUAUGGAUGUAAAUGGAAAAAAAAAACAGUAGGACCAAAUGAGGAAGACGCCUGCCUAAUGAUAUCCUCUCCCUCCUGCCCUCACACACACACACACACACACACACACACACACACGCACUCCAUCUUUUAAGGUCCAUGAGACUUUUCACCAGACAGAUAUUGGGAUCUGGGAUUUAAGCCAACAGACACUGAACUACACAGUGGUUAAAAAAUGUCAGCUCAUUUUUAUGUUCAGAAAUGACUUA